AUGGCCCCACAGGAUCCUAAACUAGCAGUGAGUGAGCUACGAAACUCCGACAAAUACGACCGAACGAAGCUAGUAAAUUCCAAUGUCGAAUCCCGUGGUCUGGUGGCGUAUCAUGCCUUGUGGAUAUUGGACAGCGUGAAACUUGGAAGAACGCUUCCUAUGGAACAAUACCAAAUUGAUGGUGAAGCCGCUACGGCCCGGACUCGACAUAGUCCUCCAGAGCCCGAAACGACGAUCUCGGCCCCUCGCGUUGGAUCGUUCAAAUCGAGCCAUUAUACUCAUAGUGGCAGCAGCCUUCGAGAAAUGUCCUUGGACUAUUCGUAUGCAGGAGACCUGUCUAUCAACCAAGACGUCGACUUGGACGGACUUUUACAUAGUCCAAGUCGGCUAUCCGAUUUUCGAACCGACUGCAAUAGUUCAUCGGUGCUUUCCUGGGAUAUGGCCUCGUCUUUCGGAUUUGGAUUCGAUGACGACGAAGAAGAACAAUCGCGUGUGGAGACGCGAUUGAUGUUGAAGAUCCCCGCGAGUCGAAGGACCUUCCGGGACUGGUCGAAAUGA